AUGACGAUGGCCGCAGCGGGAUACCCGCACCUGUCGGGUCGUUUGCGACCAAACGCGCUCCAGCGUCCCUAUACCUUGUCGAAUCCCCCAACCCAGUCCCUUGAUCGCGAGGUGCUGCAGGCCCUCCCAACAGAGUCUCCUACCACUGUGAUCAUUUGCCAGCUUCCCAAAGGGAUAACGCUAGAACAACUCCACCUGCUCGUGCUCUGGUCGGACGAGAUAGUGGACAUGGAGGUUUUACCGGAAACCCCCGGAGAACAGUACGGUUCCGCCAAGGUUGAGUUCCGAUCAGCUGCCGGUGCCAUGGAGGCGAAGAAUAGGCUUGACGGAAAGCAGAACAUGCUUGUGGAUAUCGUUGACUUGGCGGGUGCCUCGAGGAACUACGCGAGCGAGGCGCAAAUUGGUACAGCAAGCGCCGACUCUUCCUCGACAGGGUCGUCCGCGCCGGCUUCGCGACGUGGUGCUCACUUCAGCGGAGCCUUUUCAGGGAUGGGAAGCCUCUCGCCGCACAUGGUCAACAGCUUCGCGCUCAACAACGAACUACCCAGCCCGGAGAAUAGCGGACGGUAUCGGGACUUGUUUUCCCCGCACUCUCCCAUCGGAAAUCACCUUAACGACCUCCCACGCAUCUCGGGAAAGUCGCUGAUCACGCACGACUCGGUGGACGAUGACGAAACGCGCGAGCUCCUGAAGGAUCCCGUCGCAUACGCAGAGAACGGCGCGUCCACUUCUCAGAGACGAGCCACAGCUCCUCAGUUGCCCAUUUCCCAGUUGGCCAGCUUGUCACUGAACACCAAUCUCGGCCCCGGCCCCAGCCCCGGCCCGUCUUCCCUGCCACCGUACGGCCACCACAAUGUUUUACCUCCCGGUCACCGUUCUGCCAUGUCGCCCACCGCCACUCAUGGCGGUGGGGGUCACGGAGCGCCUUUCGCCAUGGGCAGCCCUCAUCAUAGUGGUCACCCCCCCUUGCCCGCCAUCAACCCGGCAGACCGGAACCCUCCCUGCAACACUCUCUAUGUCGGAAACCUGCCCAUUAACACGUCGGAGGAGGAGCUCAAGGCCAUGUUUUCGAAACAGCGAGGCUAUAAACGGCUUUGCUUCAGGACGAAGCACAACGGUCCUAUGUGCUUCGUGGAGUUCGAGGACAUCGCGUGUGCCAGCAAGGCGCUGACUGAAUUAUAUGGCCGCCCCCUCCAUAACAGCACGGCGAAGGGAGGAAUUCGUCUCAGCUUCUCCAAGAACCCGUUGGGCGUGCGAUCGGGCCAGAACACGGGGCAAGGGGCGGGGCACUCCAUGACCGGCAUGAUGCCUGGACCAUCGGGCGGCUUCAUGGCCACCAACGGACCCCCUCCUGGUCUUGCUGCCCCUCCUGGGCUAGGUCACGGCCGGUAUGGUGGUGGGCCAUCUACCAGUCAGGCAGGUACCCCUGCUGGCUUCCCAGCCGCUGGCGGUCCCAGCCCUGCCUGGGCUGCGUACGACAAUGGACCCAUGACACUCGGGGGGCCGAACUCAGGCGUGAACGGCCAAAAUUCUUACAUUUUCAUACCGUCGCACAUGAUGGGCCGAUAA